AGACCGCCGUUCUUGCCACAGAGUCAGCCAAUGAUCGCAACACAGAAGCCGAUUGUAUUGUGUUGUGGGAUUCCAAGAUAUUCGCGCCGCGUUCUCUUCCUGGAAUGCUGGGUUGGCCAAUGAUCGCUGGCAGAUGAGAGCCUCUGUCGGUUUUUUAAAUAUAAUUUUAAAGAUGGGCAGUUCUGUUUCCCAAUGGAACAGCAAUGUUUUUGAGUCCGGCCCUCACGCCGAGCCAACCAGAAGGCGAGGCAGAGGUGGGUAAUAAAUGGAUGCGAAAGAGCUGGUCACCGUGAUUCGGGGACGAGUUUGCCACGUCUGCGGAUUUGAAGAGUGGGAAUGAAAGACAGUGGGUCAUGGACGCUGGCAGUUAGUUUGAGCCUAUCGCAUGUUCAUCUCUAGCACCGCCCUUAGUUCAUGGAGAGUGCCAAGAAGACCGUGUAGUUUAAUAGUUCGAUGAAGUUAUUGUGAAGUGGCGCUUGCAUGGAGUGGCUAUUCAAAAAUCAACUCUCUACUAGUGAAAAACUCGCAUUAAAAUGUAAGAUAAAAUCGAACCUACGAUGUCUGUAGAAGCUUUUAUUUUAAGCUAGCGCUAGAAUUCAGCUUCCUGGGACCAUUUAUUAAUUUGUCUAGAUCUUGCUCCGAAUGGUUUUUUAAAGGAAGAUGUUGAUGGUGCAUUUAUGGUAGAUGGUGCAUGUUGCAUUUUAACCUAAGAGCUAGUAUUCAUAUAACACCUAAAAAUAGUUAAAAUGAAAAGUGCCUUUUGGAGUCUCCUUUUUUUCGCGUUUGUGGCUUUGGGGAUUGCAGCGCUCAUUCCAGAACCAGAAGUAAAGAUCGAAGUGCUCCAUAAACCGUUCAUUUGCAAAAGGAAAACCAAGCUGGGAGACAUGAUGUUGGUGCACUAUGAAGGCUACUUGGAGAAAGAUGGUUCCCUCUUUCAUUCUACCUACAAGCAUAAUAAUGGCCAACCUACAUGGUUUACACUUGGUAUAAAGGAAGUUAUCCAAGGCUGGGAUAAAGGUUUGACCCAGAUGUGUGUAGGAGAGAAACGCAAGCUAAUUAUUCCUUCAUCCCUGGGUUAUGGAAAGGAAGGAAAAGGAAAAAUUCCACCUGAGAGUACAUUGAUCUUCAGCAUUGACCUUUUAGAAAUCAGAAAUGGACCACGAUCUCAUGAGUCUUUUCAACAAAUGGACCUCAAUGAUGACUGGAAACUUUCCAGAGAAGAGGUGAAAGUAUAUUUGAAGAAAGAAUUUGAAAGGCAUGGUGCACCAAUCAAUGACAGCCACCACGAUACUUUAGUUGAAGAUAUAUUUGACAAAGAAGAUGAAGACAGUGAUGGAUUUAUAUCUGCGAGGGAGUUUGUUUAUCAGCAUGAUGAACUGUAAAACAUUUUAAAGCAAUGACCUACAAACUGAUGCAUCUAAAUAUAUAGUAUUUUUUGUAUUUGGAGAUGCCUGUUACGGGGGGGCGGGGGAAGAGAUGCAUUGCUAUUUUUCUACCUGGACUACUCUUGAUACCAAAUGUUGUGACUUGCGUUUACAAGUAGAAGCAUCUGUUCCAAUGAGAUUUUAAUCGGAAACUUCCCGAUGUAUUUAUUUAGAAAACUAUGAAAUAAAUCUAUGUCCCAGUAACAAUUAUUGCUUAAAAUUUCACUACUCCACCGUUCUUCCCCCCACCCUUAAGUUCACAUUUUUCUAGUACUUUGGUCUAUUUUAGUGUUCUGUCAAACUAAUAUUAUAGUGUAGCCCUAUGUAUGUCUACUCAGGGAAGCUCCAUUAAAUUAAACAGGACUUAUUCUCAGUUAAGUGUGUUCUGACUGCAGUCUUACCCACAUAGGUUUGCCUCCUGCUGUCUUGACAGUGCCAAACUGAUGUAUUGGCUUGCUUUCUUAGCACCCAUAGCUUAGAAUGAAACAUGCCAUCUGUAUCAGUGCCAUAUCUUCCACAUAAAGCAACAUAAAAAGUACAGUAAAACAAAUAGUGAUGCUGAGUUUUGGAUGUGGGGGCAAUUUGGAACGCAACAUGUACACGCUCCUGAGAAAUAAUGACUUUUACCCAAUACCUUUGAUUGGGGGGAGGGGGGGGUGGCUUGUAACUUACGGUAACUGCAAGGAAACGGCCAGGUGAGGGGAGGGUUGCUCUUUAGCCGUCAUUAUGACUUGAGCACCUUAUCUACAGGAACUUCAUGGGACAAAUAUCUGCAAGAACUGGGGUUUUGCAAGGCUUUUGUAUACUGCCAUGGCAGUUUUUAUAACGGCACAUAUGUUAAAAAUACAGUCUGGUAAGGUUUGAGUUGCCUUUGAAAGAUGAACACAUAAACUUUUCCUACCUCAUCUGUUCUUUCAAAUGGCUCUAGUUUUGUCUUUUAAAGGGAGGGAUUUUGACACGUGAGCCAAGCAGUAGUGCUCACCUCCAAUCCCCUCCCCGUGCCCCCCCCCAUUUCGGCCUAUAGCAAUAGUAUCAGGUGAUGGGUAUAUUAGGGCAAAUGUACACAUGCAGUCUCAGUGGCUUUGAUGUCAUAUCAUGAUAAGCCACAUAUGGUCUAAAAUGUUUUAUGUUUCAAAGAAGCUGUGAGUGGUAAGCUAGAAAUAAACCAAGAACAAAGCUUGGUUUAUUUCUUGCUUGCCAGUUGUGGCUGGUGUGACAAACUAUGGUCUGGAUCUGGAUGAUAUGACAGGUCACCCCUUCCUCAUUUCCUCUACUCUUCCCUCCCUCUGCAUGGUCAGUUUUACCUAUCCCAGCCAUGAUUGCAUGGGAGUAAAUCCCACUGAACUCAAUAAGCAUGCAAAUAAUCAGACCUGCCUUUCCCCUCCUUCCCCUCUCCUCUCCCUUCCUUCUCCUUUAUUCCUCUGUCCCUCUUCCUUCUUUGUCCUCCCCUGCCCGCUCCAGGCCUCCCUCCCCAUAGUCAGUUUUACCUAUCCUAAGCAUGAUUGCAUUUCCUCUACUCUUCCCCUGCAUGGUCAGUUUUACCUAUCCCAGCCAUGAUUGCAUGGAAGUAAUUCCCACUGAACUCAAUAAACAUGCAAAUGAUCAAACUUGCCCUCCUCUUCCCCCUCCUGCCUGCUCCCAUCGCCCUCCUCCCCUCGCCAUCCCGUGGUCAGUUGCACCCUAUCCUAAGCAUGAUUGCAGGGGAGUAAAUCCCACUUAACUCAAUAAGCAUACAAAUUAUCAAUCCAUUCCCAGCAAACUUUCACACCAUCCCAUUUCUUACUUCCUGGAUUAAAAAGCAGAGAAAUUCACUAAUAGGCAAAAAAAACUUGAGGUUUAAGACCCUACCUAUAGUCAAUAGAUAUUUCUAUCAAACUUUAAAAAGCAGGGGAAUUAGGCAGCUAUAGUGAAUGCACCAGGGGAGCAGGAGACCUGACCUCUCUGAGAUAUUCUACUGCCCUACAAAUUUGUCAAAAUGCAAACACAAUUUGGGUUGGUCUUUCACAGUCCAAUCCACUUUCAUGUGUAGCUUGGAAGCAUUUGGUAAUAUUUGCCUCUGAGCAUAUGGUGAGUGGUGGCAACACCUGCAAUCAGCCCAAAUAACAGCAACAAGACAUGUGCUGUGCUGAUCUUGUUUUAGCAAGGAGGAAGCAACAAUAUUAAAACAGUUGAUAUAGUUCAGAUAGUCACUUUAUGUUUUAUUUACUUUGCAAUUUUAAUAAAGUUUCCUAUAGUAAAUCA